UUGUUUUUCAGACAAAAGGGAUACAAUUUAUUUAAACCUGCGGUAGUGAAUGUGCAAAAUAAUUAUCUUGAUGAACAGUGUAUCAUUGUCGAUGAAAAUGAUAAGCCCUUGCGUUCCGGUUCGAAACGCUAUUGUCAUUCAGUUGAAACAUUGAGUUUGCAUCGUGCAUUUAGUAUAUUUCUAUUUACGAAAAAUCGGGAGUUAAUUUUGCAAAGACGAGCUGCUCAAAAAAUUACAUUUCCAUUGGUGUGGACGAAUGCUUGCUGUAGUCAUCCUUUAUGGAAUGAAAAUGAAAUGAGCACUGAUGAAAAUAAUGUUGGAAUUCGUCGAGCCGCAAAGAGGAAAUUAAGUCAUGAACUAGGCAUUCAUGCUGUUGAUAUUGGACGGAUGAAGGUAAGAAAUUUUGUCUUGGUCUAUAAUGUCUCAAAAAUUUUCGAUAAUUCAGUUUCAAAUGUAUUUAAAUUCGGGUAA